AUGUCUGCCCCUCAUGAGAUACUCGUUCUCGGUGGAAACUUUGGAGGCAUUGGUCUCGUACACUACCUCUUCAAAAUCACCAUCCCCUCUCUGCAGAAGCUUGAUCCCACGAAAACCUUUCAUAUCACGCUCGUUACCCCAAACACGGAUCUUUUUUUCAAGAUCGGCAGCCCGCGCGCACUCAUCAACGACAAACUAAUCCCCGAGUCCAAGAUCCUGCGACCUCUGUCAGAGGGCUUCUCCAAGUACAAACCAGAGCAGUUCACCCUCGCCCAAGCUCUAGCAACCUCCCAUGACGCCUCCAAACGAACCGUUACCAUCACCCCAGUCGGUAGCGAGACCACCAAGGAGCUACUUUACAACUCUCUCUUUAUCGCCACUGGCACAACGUCCUCCUCCCCUCUCUGGACCUUCCACCCCGACCCAGCCCUCACCUCUGCCGCCUUCAAAUCCCUACACGCCAGUCUCCCAGCCGCCAAGACCGUGCUCAUCGCUGGCGGCGGGGCCGUGGGCAUCGAAACCGCAGGCGAAAUUGCAACAUUCUUCCCCUCUAUAAAAGUCACCCUCCUCUCUGGUGCUGCUCAACUACUCCCUAACCAAUCCCCAGUCCUGGGUCCCCGCGCACAGGCAUACCUCGAAACACAUGCCAAGGUCGAAGUAAUCCACAAUCUGCGGGUGUAUGGAAGCGAUAUUUCCGAGACAGGCACAACAAUGACCUUGAGUGAUGGUAGCACAAAGACCACGGACUUGUAUAUCGAUGCUACGGGUGGGAAGGCAAAUACUGAGUUCCUAAAGGCAGAUUGGUUGGACGGUACAAAGCGUGUUUUGACCCGCGAUGCGUAUUUCCGCGUCAAGGGCAACGGGUCGGAUGAUGUGGAGGGUGUGUAUGUGUUGGGGGAUGUCGUGGCUGGAAGCGCAAACUCGGCUAUGGCGCUGGAUGGUCAGACGCCGACUGUUGCCUCGGCCUUUGCCGUGGACUUUGCGAGGAAGGUGAUUGGGGUGGAGGCGGGGGAGAAAAAGAAUCCUGGUCUGUUGGGUGGACUGGUGGGUUUAGUGUUUGGGAAGAAAGAUGCAGCACCUUCGCUGGUUGAGUUUAAGCCGAUGAAGGAUACGAUCGUAGUACCUAUCGGGCCUCAUGGUGGUGUGGGACUUGUGAUGGGUUGGAGGUUUCCGAGUUUCUUCAUUUCGAAAGUGAAGGGGAAGAGUUUCUUGUUGGAGUUAGUGGAUCCGCUGUUGACAGGUGACAAGUGGAAGGCUUGA